AUGAUUGAAGCUGUAUACAUAUCAGAUACUAACAAUAACUUGGUAUAUGAAUACCUAACCAACUUAGCAUCGGCCAACUUCAACUCCUUGAUCAAUAUUAUCAAUGACCGUCAAGGAAUUGUUGACAUUAAUGCUAAUCAAUCAGUGUAUUUGUACCCUAUAAAUUCCAUAGUUAUCUACACUUUGGUGGAUAAUAAAGUCAAUCCAGUAUUACCUUAUGUAUUUAUAUUCAAAUUGAUGGAAGUAAUCCAUGACUACUUCGGUAAACCAAUAGCCAUUCACAAAAUUGAAUCUAAUAACGAUACUUUAACUUUACUUAUUGAUCAAAUGUUAGAUGAUGGAAUACCCAACAUAACUGAUUUCAAUAAACUUCGAGAUAUUGUCCCAUUUAAAAGCUUCUUAUCUAAGAUUUUAUCCAAAACCAAUGAAAUAACCAAUGCCACUAUUACAAAACAACCUCCUUUGGAAGUUUUACCUUGGAGAAGAUCUGAUGUUAAGUACACUAAUAAUGAAAUGUAUGUAGAUAUUAUAGAGACUGUGAAUGUCAUAUUGAAAAAUGAUAAGAAGAAAGUAAGAACAAAUCUUGACUCGGCAUUUUAUUCAACCAAUACUUUCAAUGGUAAGUUGGUACCUAUUACAGGGAAUAUUCAAGGAAAGAUCAAUUUCUUAAGUCAUUUAACAGGAUUACCUCAUUUACAAUUAUCUUUGAAUCAUAAAAUCGAUGGAAGUUAUCACCAAUGUGUUGAAAAUACAAACUCAAGUGUAUUGAAAUUCAUUCCUCCUGAUGGAUCUUUUGAAUUAUGUAAUUAUUGUAUUGAUUUGAAUGAAUUACCAAAGAAUCAACAAUUAUCAUCAUUAGGUCAAGUCAACGUUGAAUAUAAUUAUGGCUUAGGUAAGAAUAAAAAUGAAUUUGAAAUCAAAUUAUAUUUACCUAUCAAAUCAGGAGUAAGUAAAAUAGAGAAUUUAUCAGUAGAAAUUCAUCUUAAUUUCAAUGGGAUAAUAAAAUCAUCUCGUUUAACUCAUGGAGAUUUCCAAUUCAAAGGUAAUAAUAAAGCUGAAUGGAAUUUAAGAACCAUAUCUAUGGGAAUCAACCCUAUCUUAUAUGGUUCAAUCAUUGGUGAAGAUAAAGAUGAAGAUGAUGAAGAACAAGAACAAGAGACGAGCGAAAUAUUAAAACCUAAUUAUAUUAAAUUGAUUUAUAGUAACAAAGGAUGUGUUCCAAGUGGAUUGAAAGUAGAAAAUCUUAAGUUAUUAAGUAGUAAAGGAAUGCCAGAGACUGUUAAACCAUUUAAAGGAGUGAAAUAUAUUACUAAAACAGGAGAUUAUGUGGUGAGAUCAUAA